CACACAGGACACCUACACAACCUGAGCCAUGCUGAGGCUGUUCCCUGUCGCCAGGCUGCUCCGGACCCCCCUGAGAUGCUGGGUGCUCCCCAAGGCGCAUGUCUCUGCUAAGCCAGCCAGAACACCCACCUCCCCUGUGGAGCAGGCGGUGGGCAUAUCAGUGCUGUUUGUCAGCUUGCUGGCUCCUGCAGGCUGGGUCCUGACUCACCUCGAAAGCUACAAGAAAGGCUCCAAAGAAUGAAGGCCUCGCAGCGCCCCAGGCACCGGACCCAAAGUGCCUAAUAAAACUCUGCCCACCUCA